GUUGAAGUUGUAUUUGAGAUGUUUGUUAUAUAAGUGUUGAAAUUAUUGAUGAAUGUAAAAGAAUGAAAUGCCUGAUCAUUUGCUUUACCUCCCAAUCUAUGCCAUUGAAGCACGUGGUGUCGUGUGUUAUUGUCGCAAUUAAAACUAUCGGGAACAUUAUGCUGGUCACAUUUCUCCUCAAUUUCAUGUUUGCUGCCAUUGGUUGUCAACUCUUUAAGCACGUGGUUAAGUCAGUACUCGUGGCCAUUAAGAUGAUCGGUCAGAUUCUGAUGGUUACAUAUCUCCUACAGUUCAUGUUUGCAGUCGUUGCCGUUCAGCUUUUCAAGGGAACAUUUUAUUACUGUAGCGAUAGAUCAAAAGCCAUUGAAGAGGAGUGUCAAGGACAUUUCAUUGAUUAUGUGGACAAUAAGCCUGAAGUAAAGGCAAGGGAAUGGAAAAACUAUGCGUUUAAUUUUGAUGAUAUCGGGGAAGCGAUGUUAACUCUAUGUACAGUCUCCACAUUCGAGGGCUGGCCCGGCCUUCUUCAUCACUCGAUUGACUCUCACGCCGAAGAUUACGGUCCGAUUCACAACUUCCGUCCAUUUGUGGCCAUCUUUUACAUCAUCUACAUAAUAGUGAUCGCAUUCUUUAUGGUCAAUAUAUUCGUCGGCUUUGUGAUCGUCACCUUUCAGAAUGAAGGCGAACAGGAAUACAAGAAUUGUGAACUCGAUAAAAACCAACGCAAUUGUAUUGAGUUCGCACUUAAAGCCAGACCUGUGCGGAGAUAUAUACCGAAAGCACGUUUUCAAUACAAAGUGUGGUGGUUAGUGACGUCCCAAUACUUCGAGUACCUUAUAUUUGCAUUAAUCCUAACCAAUACAAUCACAUUAGCCAUGAGAUAUGACGGACAAUCAGAUCAAUAUUCGCGUGUAUUAAACGUUCUCAACAUUAUAUUCACCGCAUUAUUUACAGUGGAAUUUCUGCUUAAACUCAUGGCCUUUCGAUUUAAAAACUAUUUCGGCGAUCCGUGGAAUUGCUUUGAUUUCUUCAUAGUAUUGGGAAGUCUUAUAGACAUUGUUUACGAACAGUUGAAUCCGACCUCUUUAACAGACAAAGUGAGUUCUGCAAGUGUUAGACCGACUUCUGUGAUGAAUUUCCUGCGCUUAUUCCGAGUGAUGCGUUUGGUUAAGCUGUUGAGUCGCGGCGAAGGCAUUCGGACGUUGUUGUGGACUUUUGUCAAGAGUUUUCAGGCUCUGCCUUACGUGGCAUUACUUAUAUUGAUGUUAUUCUUCAUAUAUGCAGUGAUAGGAAUGCAAGUGUUCGGCAAAAUUGCGUUAAACAACGAAACAAACAUUCAUAGAAACAACAAUUUCCAGACCUUUUUUCAAGCAAUACUAGUGCUGUUCCGGUCGGCGACGGGCGAGGCGUGGCAGGACAUUAUGCUCGCCUGUACUUAUAAUGACGACGUCUUGUGUGACCCCAAGUCCGAAGAAGGCAUGUCUAACGACAAGUCCAGCUGUGGCUCCAAUUUUGCAAUUCCUUACUUUAUAUCGUUUUAUAUUUUGUGCUCUUUUCUAAUCAUAAACCUAUUCGUUGCCGUAAUAAUGGAUAACUUUGAUUAUUUAACUCGUGAUUGGUCUAUACUGGGACCCCACCAUUUGGAUGAGUUUGUCCGACUGUGGUCAGAAUAUGACCCAGAUGCAAAGGGCAGAAUUAAGCACUUGGAUGUGGUCACUCUACUUAGGAAGAUAUCUCCCCCUUUAGGAUUUGGAAAGUUAUGUCCACAUCGAGUCGCCUGUAAACGAUUGGUUUCAAUGAAUAUGCCGUUGAAUAGCGACGGGACUGUUAUGUUCAACGCAACCCUCUUUGCUAUCGUCAGGACUGCUCUAAGGAUUAAAACGGACGGCAAUAUCGACACCGCGAAUGAAGAACUACGAGCUGUGAUCCGUAAGAUCUGGAAGCGGACGAGUCCUAAGCUGUUAGACCAAGUGGUGCCUCCGGCCACCGAUGACGAAGUGACUGUCGGCAAAUUUUAUGCUACUUUUCUCAUUCAAGACUAUUUCAGACGCUUUAAAAAGAAAAAAGAGGAACAGAAACAGAAUUGUGACGAAGAGAAUACCGUUGCUCUUCAGGCAGGACUCAGGAGUUUACAUGAAUUCGGACCUGAGAUCAGAAGAGCUAUAUCUGGAAAUCUGGACGAAGACAACUUUGAAAACGGACCCGAUUGGGAACCUAUGCAUAGACGCAACCAUUCCUUGUUUGGUAACGUCUGGUCAACUGUUAGACGAAAACGCCUGCAUUUGCCUCAAAGGACCCGUUCUUUCAAUCAAACCAAUCGUAACGGCAUUAGAGAUGCCAUAACAGCAAUAGUAGCCGCACAUCAACUCAACUCUUUAUCGCAUACCUCUUUGUCGCACAUCAGUGACAGUCCUCUCACACCAAACAAAACACAAAUACAUUUACCCAAUGGUGUUGAGCACACAUCCCGUGAAAGUAAAAGAAGAUCAGCCGUAACUGUAUCUCUAACUGUGACCAGUCCUCUGCCAACUAACACAAAUGACUCGAGUCGUGCCCACCCGUCAACCCCGCCAACCCCUCCGCCGCGAAAACUACUAAACACCGCUUCUUUCCGUAAAAAGAUUCCCUGUUUUCGCAAACAAGACAGUAAUGAGUGGCCAAUUGUGGAGACAAUUAGAUGUAGAUCUGGUAGUGUUGGCAGUGCUGACAAUGCUUUGACUGUAACUGACGUACAAAUGAGUGAAUCGAGUGCCAAAAGUGGACGAAAACGAUCGCUAAGCCAUAUCUACAAUAUCGCUGCCUCUCUUAGGUUAGCACCAGUUCCGGCUAUGGCUGUCGCCGGCUUUAUACCUGAGCCACGAUUACUGGGCACUCACCGAAUGCCAUACCGACAAAGUCCUCAAAGGGCCUCAUAUCACGGGAAGCCAAGCGAUUCACACCGAUUGCAUGCUUACGAAUCAAACACUCCUUUCGGUGAUGUCGUCGGAAGCGCUGAAAGUCUUGUCGGACGGGUUCUCUAUGAACAAGGAUUAGGCAAAUAUUGUGACCCAGACUUUGUCAGAGCCACACAAAUAGAACUGAGAGAGGCAUUCAAUUUAACACAAGAAGGUAACCACUUUCUCCUAAUUAAACCAUCUCUUCAUUUUGAUCCAAUUCUACAGAUGGACAGAGCGGCUCAUCGUAUCCUAAAAGCUGAGACCAGUACAACACCUGACUCGCCAUCGUUUCACACUAAACAACAUAUCUCUUCCGAUGAAGACGAUGAUGGUCUCCAAGACACUAAAUUAUAGCAUCAUUUAUAAUACUUUUCAAAUUAGUGCCAAAAUUCAUGCCUUCAUAUCAUUUCCUAUAAUCUCUACAAAAUGUGAUACUAUUAUAAUUUAGUCUAAGCUUUAAUCCAAAUAUCAUUACUAAACAUUGAUUAGUCUUGAAGUCCACCAAAUAGUAUUGGUUUAU